ACCUACCUAAUAAACCCUUGAUUGAGCCUGAAUUGAUUGAAGGCUGAAAAAGCAAUUAGACGAUGAAGCGAGGUUCCCGGAUAUGUUAUCGUCAAACUGUAAUCUUUACCGCGGACUGCUACAAUUAGCCUGAACAAUACGAAGAUUUAGUAUGCAAAAGUGAACAUCAUCACAACGUCUUCACUCUAGGACAUCCCUGCGGGAAAUCCCCCAGUUUAAACUAUAUUUAUAACUUGUUGACAUACAUUAUAAUUAUAGUGCUUAAAUAACUAGCCGUACGAGUACCAUAUAUAUAAAACCACAAAAUUACUAAUUACUAAAGAUAUUGUUUAUAGCGUUUUUGCUAUGAAGACUGAAUAUUGUGUGUUGAUUGUUUCCCUCCUUUUGGGCGCUGCACAAUGUCUAAAAGUUAUGCAAGAUGAUGAAAAUUACACCAACGUCAGCCGCAAAUAUUAUACCUCUGGCGUCGACUUGGGGAUAAUCAAUCCAGACAAAUAUUCCUUUGAAAGCUUCUUGCGGGAUGAGCGAAGCGCUUUCCAAGAUUUGUAUCAGGAAUAUGCGUCGCAGAACGGAACGGCUAAUUACAGCGAGUGGCUCAUUAUGAACAACUUCGGAAUAUUGCCUGAUACCCAGGAGUCUUUGUUCGAGAGGAAAAUAAGCAAGCGCAGUGUGGCGGACAAUAAACGGAAAUUCGUGAAUACGGUGCGGAGGGGGGACAUAUUGAUCUCAGGUAGGGGUAUAGGCGGACUAUUGGGGCACGCGGCUAUAAUGACGACGGAUUAUUACGUGCUCGAAAUGAGGGGGGGCAAGGGGUGGCUGAACGGGAUAAAGGACAAUAACAGGCAAGUUAGUAAGCACGCAUGGUUCGAUGAGCACCAGCACGAUUGGACGACCGUGUACAGGGUGCCGAAUAGUCGUAUUGUUGCAUUAGCCGCGCGGUGGGCGGACCACACUUAUUACAAUCCUUCUGGAGGUGCUAAGAAGACUAAGCACAUAACUUAUAGGAUCGACACUCACGUUUGGCGCACCGAUCCCAGCUACUGCUCCAAGCUGGUGGUUCAAGCUUAUUACUACGGAACGGGGAAGGCUAAUGUGAUAUAUAGAGGCAUGAUGAGGGCUGCUAGGGUCAUUGCCCCCACCCAAAUACCCAGCUAUUUCAUGCCCGAUUAUAAAUUGAAAAACAUGGGGAGGUAUUAAUUAGUAAAGAUGAAACUAAACUUGUUGGACCUGACUGCUUAAUAUGCAUUGGAAUUUAUAAUUAAGAAAAAUAUAAUGCAGUAUUAUAAAUAGAUUA